GCUGGAGUAAUAAAGGAGAAGGCUGGGAGAAGAGAUUUGUUGGCACAACAGCUUUUCCAGGACCUAGGAAGUGUGAUUUCAGAACAGAAGUCACUUGUUCUUCAUCGCCUGACCCACUGGAAACAUCCCAACAUCCCAUCUGAUCCUAUUUCUCUUUGCUGGUCUUUUGGCAUCUGAGAGAAGAAACGGGACAGGCACUCGGCAGAAAUCCACCUUGAUUUUGCUACACAGGGAGAACAUGCCUCAAGAAUGAAGAGGUUCACGUGUAGCCCCGGACCACACUCUUCUGGCAAGGCUCUUUGCAUCCUGAUGGCUGCUGCUCACGUUUUCCUCCUGGCAGAAGCACGUUACCUGCAUGGAGAAAGACUGGAUUUAUUGGGAAGGAAUGAUAAGUUUGUGUCUCUGGUGAACUUCAGCAUCCCUCCGCUGUGCCAAUUCACAGCAUGCAUUGACCUAAAGCGGACUGCCAACGUCAGCUCUUGGGCAGCCUUUUCCUAUGACGCUAACAACUCCUCCUUGGACAUCAAUGAUUUAGAGCUUGGACUCUCUGGAGAAAACAAGCAAUUGAGGCUCUAUCUUUUUGGCACCAGGCGGGACAUUGAGAUUGACCUGGCCCUUUUUGUGUGGUACAGCGUGUGCUGCUCGUGGGACACCAGGAGACAACUGCUGGAGGUCUACUGCAACGGUGAGCUCGUGCAUAGCGAAACCAUUGGCAGCGCUGGGUGCUUGAAACCCAACGGGAGCCUGGUGCUGGGGCAUCUGCACAAGAGAAAGGAUGGCUUCGUUGUGAGGGUGAGCAACAGCUUCAUUGGCAGCUUGUACUACUUCCAACUGUGGGACCAUGUGCUGGGGCAGGAAGAGCUGCUGGACUGCGCCAUGGGCAACAUGGUCAGCUGGGAGGAAGAGUACUGGGACUUCAGCAGCAUCCUGCCCAUUGCGGACCAUCACCUGCGCUGUGCAGGCUCAAGUGAAGCAUCGUCCACAAGGGCUCCUACGCUGGCCCCGUUGCCUCCGACCAGUAGUGCCUAUGGUACUGUUCCAGUCAGCUUCUUUAGCACUGAUAUGAACUUUUCCCUCUUCUACAAAACUGAGAGAGCUCCUGAUUACUACGAUGCAAGGAACCUCCUCGAAAACUGGUUCCGUGUCAUAUUUACUGGAGAAGAAUUUGUUGUGCCCAACUUUAAAGUCAGGGGUAAUUAUCCACAAAGCAAUGUCUAUAACAGGCCUCAGGUGAAGCUCAAGCAGAUGUCCCAAAGCUACAUCUGCAAAGCCAUUAUAAAGGCCACAUCACUUGAAACACAAGAAGUGCUGAGUCUCAAGAUCAAGCAAUCCUUGAAUGGCACUUAUGAAAAGGGACUAUUAUCCUUGUAUGUGAAACCUGAAGAUGUGGCUGUCAAGCCAAUAGCCCUCAUGGAUUGUCCAGAAAGCUUUUCCCACACAACCUACAAGGGGAAUUAUUCCUGGCCACUAACAAAGCCAGCGGCCAAAGCGGUGGUGAGCUGCAGGAAAAACCCUCUGCAGUCUGCUGAGAGGAGCUGUGGAAUUAAUAUUGAAUUUGAGCAAGCUUUUUGGAGGAAACCAGAUUUGACUGAAUGUAGAUUACUGGAAGAACUCCCAAAUAAUAUCUUAGACCUCCAGGAUAUCAUGAUAACAGAAGAGAACGCACAGGAUGUCGCAGAGCAGAUUCUAUACCUCUUGCCAAAUGCAACCCUGCAAAUGGAAGAACUAGAAGUCAUCACAAGUAAAGUUUCUGAGAUUGUAAGGCUUGCAGAUGUGAGCGUGGCGCUUGCAGAGUCCAUACUGUCUAUACUAAACUAUAUUUUGCUGCAAGAAGUAGAAGAUGAGAACAUGAGAAAAGUGACCAAUAGUAUCCUGAAGACAACUGAGGAGAUGGGCUAUAAGGUGACUUACACAGAAAGAAAUACAUCGGUCAUAACCACUUCCAUGGCUCUCCUGGUGACGCGUCCAGACCCCAGCACAUUUGGAGGGCUGGCCUUUGGUGUUACCUCCUACAACAGUGGCCUGGAUCUCAAGAUCAACAUCCAGGAAAACCCUUUCAAAGAGGCCUUGGCCUCAGUGUUUUUGCCAGAAUCACUGAAGAAAUUCCUCGGGAUCAGGCACUCUGACCCAGAGAAGCAUUCCAAGAUCCAGUUUAACUUCUUCGGCACUACUUCACUCUUUGUGGAUGGCAGCUUAACGAAGGAGAGGUUGAAUACUUAUGUUGUGAGUGCCAGCAUUGAAAACGCAUCAGUUCAGACCCUUAAGGAGCCUGUGACUAUUACUCUUCAGCACAUAGACCAUAAUACGGGGGAUGCAGCGGUGCACUGUGUCUUUUGGGACUUCGAGAAGAACAAUGGACUGGGUGGUUGGAAUACGUCGGGGUGUGAAAUGGAUUCUACAGAUAGGAAUUAUACAAUCUGUUUUUGUAACCAUCUUACCCAUUUUGGAGUCCUAUUGGACUUGGCCCGGACAGAGAUAGAUACCACACAGGACCAAAUAUUAACUCUGAUAAGCUAUGCAGGAUGUGGUGCUUCUUCCCUGUUUCUGUGUAUAACACUGGUGACAUAUCUAGCCUUUGAAAAGCUGCGGAGAGACAACCCUGCAAAACUCCUGCUCAACCUUUGUGCUGCGCUGCUGAUGCUGAACGUGGUCUUCCUCACCAAUUCCUGGCUGGCCUCUUUCAACCAGCCAGCUCUCUGCAUCACCGUGGCUGUGCUCCUCCACUAUUUCCUCCUUGCAGCUUUCACAUGGAUGUGUCUGGAGUCUGUUCAGUUUUACUUGGCUCUUGUCAAGGUUUUCAAUGUCUACGUCCCAAAGUACAUCCUGAAAUGCUCUAUUGCUGGCUGGGGAAUACCAGCUCUUGUCAUUUCUAUUGUGCUCAUUAUAAAUAAAGACUUCUAUGGUGAUGGAUCACUCUCAGAGAGCAAUCCAUUCAGCAAUUUCUGCUGGAUUCAGAAGAACACAGUGUUUUACAUCUCCGUUGUGGCCUACAUCUUCUUAAUAUUUUUGAUCAACACAGCCAUGUUCAUCACUGUUCUCCUUCAAAUCCACUCCAUGAAAUCAAGGACACACAAGAGAUCCAGGUUCUGGAAACGAGGUUUUCUGCAAGACCUCAAAAGUGCUUUCAGCUUGAUGUUCCUUUUGGGCUUAACUUGGGGCUUUGUCUUUUUUGCCUGGGGAGCAGUGAGGAUAUUGUUCUUAUAUCUCUUCAGCAUCUUUAACACCUUGCAAGGGUUCUUUAUCUUUGUGUUUCACUGCAUAAUGAAGGAAGAAGUAGUGAAGCAGUGCAAAGUACACUUCUGCUGGGGCAGAUGUCGGCGGAGUAACUACUCUGACUGGAAUGGGUCAGGUGCAGCUGCUGGAUCUACACCAAAGUGUUUAAAUCCCAACUCACCAUCCCAGGCUAUGUGGAAUCUAAAUUCUAAUGGAACAAGUUCCUUGUUCAAUGGUUCAGAUUUCCUUCCCAGGACUUCGUCAGAUAGACAUUUUAGGAUGGCUGAAGUUCAUUCCAAUCCCAGUGCUUUGCUCCCAGAAGACGCUGAGACCAAACAUCCUUGCUCACAAAGAAUAUUCCCCAUGGAUCCAGGGCUGCACUAUCCACCGAAAGCAACAUUUCUUCAUUGAUACUGAAUUUGGUUUCUUCUGAUGCUCUAAGGAUGGUUCUUUUUUUGUGGCAUGUAGAAAUAAACAUUGGUCUCAAGAAUGACUUCUAAUGUAGAGUUAUCAAUCUGAACACAAUUAGAGAGCUAAGCCAUCCCUAUAGGGUGCUCUAGGAUUCAGUGGAGUGGCACUACAGACCACAUAAGGGGU